GCGGGAAAUAUGAUUUGUUGUGUCAAGGUCAUGUUUUGACCUUUGAUCCAAUUCUAUACGUAAAAAGAAAUGCUUCUUAAAUCAAGACUGUAUGUUACAAACUUCAUGUCCCCUUCAAUUUCAUGUUGGAGACGUCACUUUAGUCUAUUUAAACCUCCAGAAAAAACAAAUAAUAUUUUAAAGAAACAACUAUUAGAUCGUAUCAAUACUUUUGGACCAUUAACAGUAGCUGAAUAUAUGAAGGAAUGUUUAUGCAACCCGGUAUAUGGUUACUAUAAUACACAUAGUGUCUUCGGUAAGCGUGGAGAUUUUACUACUUCCCCUGAAAUAUGUCAAAUCUUCGGUGAGCUUAUAGGUGUAUGGUUGUUGCAAGAAUGGAAACGACAAAACUGUCCUCAACAUAUACAACUUGUUGAACUUGGUCCAGGACGUGGCACUCUUUCUGCUGAUAUUCUAAGGGUUCUUUCAAAAUUCCCUGAUAUAUAUUCAACCAUCUCAUUACAUCUAGUUGAAAUAAGUUCAUCAAUGAGAAAUACUCAAAAGGAAACAAUUGAAAAAGUUACCUCGUGCCUGUCGAAUAAACCACUGCCUAUAUUCUGGUAUAAUGAUCUUCGAGAAGUUCCUGAAACAUUGUCAUUCUUUAUAGGACAUGAAUUUUUUGAUGUACUUCCAGUUCAUUGUUUUCAAAAACAUGAUGGGAAUUGGAAUGAAGUUUUAAUUAGCUCUAUGGCGAAUACCAAUGAAUUAUGCUUUAUCCGUUCAAACACACGAACUCCAGCUUCAAUCGCCUAUCUACCUUUAGUUCCAAAUCUUUCUGAUCGAAAUGCAGUGGAAAUAUGUCCUGAUAUGAUGUGUUUAACUCAGGUGUUGUGUAAACGAAUUAGUCAAACGGGUGGAGCUGCUCUCCUCAUCGAUUACGGACAUGAAGGUGAGAAAGGAGAUACAUUUCGUGGUUUUCAUGCUCACACUGUUUGUGAUCCCCUGAUUGAUCCUGGAAAUAUAGAUCUUACCUGUGAUGUUGAUUUUAGCCUUUUAUGCCAUACAGUUAAAGAAUCCGGUGAAAGAGUGACACUUCAUGGUCCGGUUACUCAGGCUUAUUUUCUCAUCAAUAUGGGUCUGUUCACUAGAUUACAGAUUUUAUUAUCUAAAUGUAAAUCAGAAAAAGAACAGAAUGAGCUAUUCUCUGCAUGUGAAAUGCUUAUCACUAAUGAACAAAUGGGUGGUCGAUUUAAAUUUGUAGCAAUUACACCAGAAUUCAAAGAGAUGAACAACUCCAGACUACCUGGAUUCACUCCACUACCUGGUACACCAUAUGCACAAGAGAAGACUGUAUAAUAAUGAAGAGAGGUUAUGCCUCAGUCACGUGUGUGUGUAUAUAUAUAGAUGGAUGAAUAAUAACAAAAUCAAUAAAAUAAUCUUGAAUAUUUUCAAGGUUAUAUACACUGUACAUAUCGCAUUAUUCAAAUAUUCACACAUUGAAAUUUGUAAUAACUUUUAUGCAUUAAAACAAAAUUGAAUUCAUUUCAUUCAAGGGUUCAAUUAAAGAAUUUAGUAUAUGCUGACAAAAUAUCUGUAUUAAAUAUUUAUUUUA